UUACGGUGCCAAUAUUCAAGAUAUUCCCGACAAUGAUGUCAUAAACUGGGUCCAUCGACAAAGCUCAUUACUCGAAGUGGGAAAAGAACCGAGUAUCGUCGCCGCCCCCACGACUGCUCCGACUGCUCCAACUGCUCCAACAAAUUACGCCCCCACGACUGCUCCAACACAUAACUCUCCCACGACUGCUCCAAUAACAGACGCCCCCAUCACUAUUAUAUUUUACGAACCAUUAAUAACAAAUAACGAUGGUGUUCUGGAAAUUCAACUUUUCCAAAAAAUUGAAUAA